AUGCCUGCUACGUUGAGGAAUUCUUCCGCAACAUUAAAACUAAACACUGGUGCUUCUAUUCCUGCUUUAGGAUUCGGCACUUGGCGUUCUGUUGAUAACAAUGGUUACCAUUCUGUAAUUGCCGCUUUAAAAACUGGUUACAGACACAUUGAUGCUGCUGCCAUUUAUUUGAAUGAAGAAGAAGUUGGUAGGGCUAUCAAAGAUUCUGGUAUCGCUCGUGAAGAAAUUUUCAUCACUACCAAACUUUGGGGUACCGAACAACGUGAUCCGGAAGCUGCUUUGAACGAAUCCUUGAAGAGACUAGGUCUAGAUUACGUUGAUUUGUAUUUGAUGCACUGGCCUGUACCUCUGAAAACUGACACAGUUACCGAUGGUAACGUCUUGUGCAUUCCGACAUUAGAAGAUGGUACUGUUGACGUUGACACUAAGGAAUGGAACUUCAUUAAGACUUGGGACUUGAUGCAAGAGUUACCAAAGACCGGCAAAACUAGAGCCGUCGGUGUCUCUAAUUUCUCUAUCAAUAAUAUUAAGGAAUUAUUGAAGUCUCCAAGUAACAAAUUGGUGCCAGCUACCAACCAAGUUGAAAUUCAUCCGUUAUUACCACAAGAUGAAUUGAUCGCUUUUUGUAAAGAAAAAGGCAUUGUUGUCGAAGCUUACUCGCCAUUUGGGAGUGCCAACGCUCCUCUACUAAAGGAACAGGCAAUUAUUGAUAUGGCAAAAAAACACGGCGUUGAGCCAUCACAGCUUAUCAUCAGUUGGAGCAUUCAGAGAGGUUAUGUUGUUUUAGCAAAGUCUGUUAAUCCUGAAAGAGUUGUUUCCAAUUUCAAGAUUUUUACUCUACCUGAGGAUGACUUCAAGGCUAUUGGUGACUUAUCCAAGGUUCAUGGUGAAAAAAGGGUCGUUAAUAUGAAGUGGGCUUCUUUUCCAAUUUUUGAAUAA